GAGAGGGAGACACACGGGGGAGAAGAGGGAGCGAAACAGCGAGCAGACAGAGAGACAGCUGCGGUCCACCGGAGCAGACAGACAGGCAGGCUGCCCGGGAGACAGCGCGUCACCUCGGCUGACCGUCUGUCCCGUCACACGGCCUCACGGCAGCAGAACCACCGGCGAGCAGGAGACAGAGAACCCCUUCCUCCAUCUUUUCUAACAGAGCUUAUUCCACUGGAGAGGACACACAGCCGCAGAGCUUGGACACAUAUGCACACUGAGCUGUGGUCUCAGGUCAGUACGUGGAGGCGGAUUAUCUGACGUGUGUCCGUCCCACACAUGUCAAUCACGAGAUACGUUGUGUCUUUGUCUUCUUCAACACAACGGACGCAACUUAACGUGCACAGGAGCCAGGUGAGGCUGUGCAGACCAGAGUCUUCCUCCUCUUCCUCUUCGUCCUCCUCUUCCUCCACGUCUCGUCUGUGUACCUGCCCAAUAAUGCGAUUAUCAGGCUGCUCCCUGUGUUGCAGGCGCCACAUGAAGUGUCCAUCAAAAUCCAGGUGAUCCCGCCCCACCGGCCUUGAGGAUUAAUUGGCUUCCUUCAUCUAAGCGGAUGCCCUAUUUAUUACAGUUUUCUCACAAAGCCCAUGGAUUUCAUUGAGCGUGUUGGAGAGACUUGAUCACAGAUAUGUCAACAAGGCAUCAGGAUAUUCCCAGUGAAGAAGCACUUCAGUAGAAGACGGGAGUUUUGUGUUUUUAUGACUAUGUUGUAAUAGCACAGGCUCCUCACCUUAUUUUCUCAGGACACCCCCUUUCUGGACUAUUGUAGUAUAGUCUCACUUGAUCGUUUGCUCCAGAUACACGUACAUCUCCUCAGUAUACCCCCCACAUUGUGUCACCAUGUACGGGAGCUCACGUUCCAUCUCAAAGCUGGAUGUUGUGGGAUCCAAUGGGAACGGGUCGGCUUCUGGGAGUCCCGGUCGCUCCCCACGCCUCCCUCGCUCCCCACGCCUCGGACACAGGAGAAACAGCAGCACCAGCUCCACCGGCGGACUAACAGGCUCUGGUAAAACCCUGUCCAUGGAGAAUAUUCAGUCUCUUAACGCCGCCUACGCCACAGGGGGUCCUAUGUACUUCCCGGACACAGUUGAUGACCAGAUCGGGAUUGGGAGUCUGGGCAGUGGGCUUAAUCCCUCGCUGCCCAAAAGCACCAUGACCUUGGGGAGGGCUGGUGCCAGGCUUCCUUAUGGAAUGAGGGCGGCAAUUAUGGGCAGCAGUCCUAAUAUAAACAUUGGAGGUAUGGGUUGUGGAGCGGUCAUGCCUUCUGAUGCUAUAGCAUUUGGAGGAGAGAUGCCAAACCAUCCUCCACAGGCAGCUACUGUUCCCCACUCCAUGAGACAGGUGAGAGACGGAGCCAUGUCGGACCUUCAAACACAACUAAGAGAAGUGCUGAGAGAGAACGAGCUGCUACGCAGAGAACUGGAGGGUAAAGAGUCUAAGCUGAGCUCCUCUAUGAACUCCAUCAAGACGUUUUGGAGUCCAGAGCUGAAGAAAGAGCGGGCACUCAGGAAGGAUGAAGCCACAAAGAUGUCCGUCUGGAAGGAACAGUACAGAGUCGUUCAGGAGGAGACACAGCAUCUUCAGUGCACCAUCCAGGCUUUACAAGAUGAGGUUCGAAUCCAACGCGAUCUCAACCACCUCUUCCAGUCAGACUACUCGGACUCUGGGCACCUCGGAAACCACGCCUUCUCCCCUCAGGACAUGACAGAGGACAACUUCCUGCGUCUCCACGCCGAGUACGAGCGGCAGGUCAAAGAGCUCUUCCUCCUGAGGAAGACGGUGGAGGAAAUGGAGCUGAGGAUAGACACACAGAAACACACCCUGACUGCCAGGGAUGAGUCAAUAAAGAAGUUACUGGAAAUGCUGCAGAGUAAAGGCAUGUCGUCACGGGCAACAGAAGAGGACCACGAACGUACGAGGCGACUGGCCGAUGCUGAGAUGACCAUCCACCAGCUGGAGGGCCUGCUGGAGCGAAAAGACAAGGAGAUGCUACAACUCAGAGAGGAGCUGCACAGGAGAUAUGAAGCAGCUCCAGAGUCGACGAAGACCAAGGCCCUGCAGACAGUCAUCGAGAUGAAGGAUGCAAAGAUCAGCUCGAUGGAGCGUGGCUUGAGGGAGCUGGAGGAGGAGGUGAACAUGCUCAAGUCCAACGGAGCUCUGAGCAGCGAGGAAAGGGAGGAGGAGAUCAAACAGAUGGAGGUCUACAGAUCCCACUCCAAGUUCAUGAAGAACAAGGUUGAGCAGCUGAAGGAGGAUCUAAAUCACAGCCAAUCAGAGAAGGAGGAGCUAAAACAACGAGCCAAUGAGCUUCAACGGGAGGUGUCCGCAAUGGAUCAGGCGAAGCAGGAUCUGAGUCGUAAGGACAGCGACCUGCUGGGUCUCAGGACCAAACUGGAGACCCUGAACAACCAGUUUUCAGACAGCAAGCAACACGUGGACGUUCUCAAGGAGUCUCUCACUGCCAAAGAACAGAGAGCUGCCAUACUGCAGACCGAGGUGGAUGCCCUGCGUCUCCGCCAGGAAGAAAAGGAAUCAUUCCUGUCUAAAAAGAGUCAACAGAUAUCAUCGCUGACGGACGAGAAGAGCACUCAGCAAGGAGAGAUCACCGACCUCAAGGACAUGCUGGACGUCAAGGAACGCAAAGUGAACGUGCUGCAGAAGAAGAUAGAAAACCUCCUGGAUCAGCUGAGGGAUAAAGAGAAACAGCUGGCCGGCCUCAAAGACAGAGUCAAGUCUUUACAGACGGACACGUCCAACACCGACACAGCACUGGGAACACUGGAGGAGGCUCUGGCUGAGAAGGAGCGAAUCAUCGAGCGCUUGAAGGAGCAGCGGGAGAGGGAGGAGAGAGAAAAGGGAGAUGAGAUGGAGUCCAGCAAGAAGGAGCUGAAGGAGUUGAGGGAGAAGGUUUCCCAGCUGCAGGCUGACCUGGCUGACCGUGAGACAUCUGUGUUGGACCUGAAGGAGAAGGCAUCCUCUUUGGCUUCCUCCACCCUAAAGAAGGACAGCAGGCUGAAGAGUCUGGAGAUCAGUCUGGAGCAGAAGAGAGAGGAAUGUGUCAAGCUAGAGAACCAUCUGAAAAAGGCGCAGAGCUUAGCCACAGAGUCAAAAGGUAGCACUGAACUCUCUGAGCGCAUCUCCUGCCUGGAGCAGGAAGUGACCCGGCACAAAGAGGAUGCAGGGAAGGCCCAGACCGAGGUGGAGCGGCUGCUGGAGAUCCUGAGGGAGAUGGAGAAUGAAAAGAAUGACAAGGAGAAAAAGAUCCACGAACUGGAGAGGCAGAUGAAGGACCAGUCUAAAAAGGCGGCCAACCUGAGGCACAAGGAGCAGCAGGAGAAAAGCAAGAACGCCAUGCUGAUGGAGGAGGCCAAGAAGAGAGAGGACAAUCUGAAUGAAAGCUCCCAGCAGAUACAGGACUCCCUCCGUCAUAAAGAGGACCGCAUCGAAGAGCUGGAGGAGGCGCUGAGGGAAAGCGUUCAGAUCACAACAGAGCGGGAGCUGGUGCUCGCCCAGGAGGAGCAUGCACGCGUCCACUCCGAGAAACAGGUGGAGGACCUGCUGGUUGCCAUGGAGAGGGUGAAACAGGAACUGGACGUGAUGAAGGCCAAGCUGUCAUCGACUCAACUCUCACUGGCCGAGAAGGAAGGUCACCUGACCGCCCUGCGGGCCGAGAGGCGGAAGCACCUGGAGGAGGUUCUGGAGAUGAAGCAAGAGGCGCUGCUGGCAGCAAUAAGUGAGAAAGACGCCAACAUCGCCCUGCUGGAGCUCUCCUCGUCCAAGAAGAAGAAAACCCAGGAGGAGGUGGCCUCUCUCAAGAGGGAGAAGGACACUCUGGUUCAGCAGCUCAAACAGCAGACUCAGAACCGGAUGAAGCUGAUGGCGGACAACUACGAGGACGAGCACCUGAAGGUCUCAUCUCCGAACGCAGAGCUGCCCAACAAUCACAAACCCUCCCCUGACCAGAUUCUCUCUCCCCUCCUGGAUCUCAAUCAGAAUCGCAGCAAACUGAAGCUGUACAUCAGUCACCUGACCUCACUGUGUCAGGAGCGGGACCCAAUCAUAUUGCAGGACUUUGCCCCGCCCCCCUCCUAUCACCGCUCAGACUCCGCCACCUGGCACACGCAGCUGCGGAGCAUGACACGGGAACAGUUGGAGGCGGAGUUAGAGCUGUGCGAGAGGGAGGGGGCGGAGCUCCAAGAGUACGCCAAUCAGGUCCUGCAGCAGAUCGCCGACCGAUGCCCCGACAUCUUGGAACAAGUCGUCAACGCCCUGGAGGACAGCUGCUGACACACACACACACACACACACACACACCCACACAGUAAGCCAGCCAGCCCCAAUAAUAUCCCCUGAUAGUAGAUUCUCAGUGUUGGACAUGAAGAUGAAAACGUUCUCUUCACUCAUCUCGUUUUUACAGAUGAAAAAGUGGAUCCACAAAAAAAAAGAAUGAAAUCCAGAUAUAACUGAAAAAUAUUCGUCCACUGCGUCUUCAGUCCACAUUGUAUAUUUUUUACACAAGGGGGGGGUACAGCUAAGGGAAGAUAUUGUUCACCUUUCCACCCUUCUGUGCUUUGUUGGCAUGCUAAUUAAUUGGGAAAUAGUUUUUGAGACGUUAAAAGUUGUUCUUUGGCCGAAGGAGCCUUCACCGCACUUGCGUUUGUGGACACGUCCCAGCGGCCAUCUUGUGUCCUUCCAGGUGAUCAGCAGUUGUAACUUGUAAGUGUGACUUGUAUUUUAUUAAGGAGGAAGGAUAAAAAAAAAAAUCUAACUGUAUUUGAGAGUGAGUUGAGUUUGCCAGGUUGUUUCUGAUGCCAGACUUACACACUGUUGUCACACUGUCCUUUAUUCAGAUACGAGAGUGUGUCUCUUUCAGCUGCCUUUGUUUCUUUACAUCAUUUGCUGCUAUCGUUUUCACCUUUAGUUCCUUUUCUUGUAUUUUUUUUUUCUUCCGUCAGGUAUCUGAUGAAAGGUCCCGGAUCGCAGUGUCUCUUCUUUCCCCGGCUGUUGUGUAAAUUGUAAAGAGAGAAGUUUUAAUUAACAGCUAGGCAGAUUUCAUCAGGGGAACACAACACUUUCAUCUAUUGUCUCACACAACAAACGAAAAGCAUAAAACCACAAUAAAUCUCGCAAUAGUCCCUUUAUGAAAACACACCCGUGUGGAUGGGUUGUGUUUCUUUCUGACCUAAGAAAGCAACACGUUGUGUUGGGUUGUGCGUCCGUGCUGAGCUCAGAUGACCUCACUCACCUCCUGUGACAAUCCCUUAACACGAGGAGACGUCUGGACUCACUCGUUUCCCCUCAUCCAAACACAGUCGGGUUUUCUUUCUCGGGAGGAAGGGAACAUGAAAUAAUUGUUAUAUAUUUUUUUGCUUUUGGUAAUAUAUGAAUAUAUAAAACACUAAUCUUGUUGAAAUUGAAAAUAUUGUCAUCUCUUGGUUGGUAUGUUACAUAAUGUGUCAAGAUAUUUUCCCUUUCUGUGUGUGUGUGAUAUGGAAGAGAGCACAGAUGUGUUGCUGUACGUUGCACCGACUCGCGGCUCCGUGUCCACCAGGAACCUUUCUCAUCACGCUCACUCUCUUGUCCUUGUUGUUUCCUGUGGUAAUGAGACUCGAAUGCAUGUUUCCCACAGCGCUGACAGCCCAAGCAUGGAUUUACACACUUGCAGCACAGAGCACAGGAGGAUCUAAUUGUUUCAAAUUCAUUGAGAAGCUCCUCUGACUAGGGGUGUUUUAGUUUGAGCUGUUUCCCGAUUCAGGGGCCGCAUCCCUCGGAGGAGGAAGACACCUCAAAAAGACAAAUGAAAGACAAUGGGCCUAUGACUCACUAAACGGUCACAAAGCUAACAAGCUAGGUGGCUCCUUUAUGGACUCCGGAGGUCCUCUGAAUGAGGUGGCCCCUGAAUUCGGACACAGCUGUAGUCUCAUUCUGUGCUGAGUACUGAACACAUGACUGGCGUUGGCCACAUGCAACUUGAGCUCUCUUAAAAAAAAAAAAAGUAACACCCGGUGGACACGGAACACAAAGACAGGGAUUUACACAACAUCCUCAAAUCUGAUUUGACACCAAACUCUGAUCAGGAACUUUUCUCCACACCUCAGCAGUGUCUCAAAAAGUCAAAAGCAACAUCAGGAGUUUAAUUUCAAAAGUGUUUUGGGAGGAGGACUCUGGAGUCUGGUGUGGUGUAACAUUUGACACACGAAGGUUGUUUUAUUUUGAAAUGAAACUCAGUCAGAUAUGAGCGUGUUGUCGUAAAUCCAGUGUUUAGUUUUGCGUGUUUUAUACUGAUGAUGUUUUGUCUUUGGGGGUGGUGAAGACUGGAACUCACCGUGACUCUGUCGUGGACUGAAAAUGAAAGAAUGGAAAUAAAAUAUGAAUUUAUCUUUA